AAAGAGAGCUAAGAGAGUGUGUGUUUAUGUACGUGGCUCUAGACAUCUAGACAUCUGUCAAAGUAGUAUAACUCAAAGUGCCUUGUAAUACUCCAAAUUAACAAAAAUAAUAAUAAAUAAAUAAGUGACAGAUGACAAUGUGACAGUUGAUUAAAAUUGUGUCAACUUUGUAGAGUUGUUUUUUAAAUUAAUUUUAGUAUAAAUAAUAACAUCUUGAAUAAAUAUGUUUCUUUUUAAAAUUUUUGUAUUUUUUUUUAUUGCAAAUACUUGUUGGUGUUUACAAAGAACACUUAAAUCACAAUUGAAUCCAGGAUGUGGUGAAAAAAUUUGUGAUAAUAUUACAACGUUUUAUUUACGUGCUGAUGGUGUCAAUGAUACAUUACAUUAUUUAUGGGAUUUUUAUAAACGUCCAUCUCUGUUUUUAGCAGUAACAACAACUUCAUCAAAUUUAACAAUAAAUUGGAAUUCUUAUUUAUCGGAUAAAAAUGAUUCAAUUAAAUUUACUGAAGCUCCAAUUUAUACAUUUGGAUUUGUCAUUAAUAAGAUUAUUGAGUUCAAUGAUACCAAUGACACUGGUAUGAUUGAUAAAGUUACAGACUCAAGUAUAUUAAUAUUAAAACCAGAAUAUUUUCAUUGGACAUUAAUAAAUGUUGUUCAACAUAAUACAUUAGUUGAAUUACACAUGUCGGGUGAACAUUAUCAUGAUCCAAUAAAUAAUAUUAAUAAAAAUGGAUCAAUACAAAUAAUUUUAAAUGGUUUUUAUAAUAUGAAUCAUUCAGAUGUAAUACCACAUAUGUAUCAUUCAGAAAAUUCAACACAAAUUGAUGUAAUAAUUAAUAAUUUUGAGACGUCAUUUAAAAAUAGUAGAUUUGGUUUUGAGCUAUUAACAGUAAGUCAAAGUAAUAAAAAUUUAUCAAUGAUUAUUGAUACUAAAAAAAGUAUUGAUGAUGAAUAUUCACCAGGUGUUAUGACUGUGAUUUCGAUGAAACUUCCUGAAGAUAGAAAUAAAACAAAUGAUAAAGGAUAUAUACAAUGGCGUCCAGUAUCAUAUUUAUCACGUGAUCGUUUAAUAUCAAGUUCAACUGAGACAAUUUAUUAUGAUAUUAAAAAUUCAUUAAAGCUAAAUAACAUGUCAAUACUUUAUGCAUAUUAUGGUGAUGAUGAUCAAAGAAACGAUAUAUUAAUUCAAAAAAUUAACGUAACAAUUGGUGUUCAUAAUGAUGGUUUUUAUCGUAAUUCUAAUUAUUCAACAUGGACAUUUAUUGCUGGAUAUGGAUCACCACCAGUCGAGCAAUUUUCCAAUUUUGUUAUAAUGAUAAUUAUUAUUGGAAUGGGUUUACCCAUUAUCAUACUUUUCAUUGGUGCCUUAUACAUGGCUAUACGUAAAUUUGCACGUCCAUUGCCUGAUAAUAAUUUUACAAAUUUUCAAUAAUAAAUAAAUCAAUUUUUUUUUUUUUUAAAUUUCAUAUAAAAUGACAAACAAAUUAUAUUGCACAGAUAAAUUUAUUUUACAUAAAUUUUUUAUUAUAUACUCAAUGAUAGGCUGAGAAUUUAUUUAUCUCACAGCAUUUAUGUAGAUUAUAAAAAAAUAAUAAUAAUAAUAUAAGAAAAAUUUAAUAAUUGGUAUGUAAAAAAAUUCCUUACUUAUUAUGUCAUUGUCAAGAGUUGAUGAAGAGUUGUUUAUAAAAGAGAAAAAAAAAAUAUAUCUCUGUUGAUAAAGAAAUGUCUGGACGAGUUUACUCAAGUGGCUUUGUCAGGGUAUGGUUGGCUGUAUAUUCAGAAUUUUCUGGUCAACAUUUUCGUGUGUGUGUGUGUUGUGUGGAUGAUUGUCAAGAAUGGCGCGGUAUGGUACCAUUAAUAUAUAUAUAUUUUGAGUAAACCUGGUGGUAGGUAGGUUGAUAUUCAUAAAGUGCGGGGAAAUUGUUACAAGUUGCAUUCUAGUUGUUGAAAUUAUGGUGGGAGGUAAAUUUUCAUUGAUCCAUUCGCAGGCAUGCACUCUUACGCGACUGACGUAUCAACUGAUCCUGAUAUAACGUCAAUUUUCUUGUAUUUUUUUUUAAAUUUUCAUUGUACUAUUUUUAAUUGAGUCUAAUAAUAUAUUUAUCAAUUAAUCAAUUUAUUUUAAAGUAAAAUAAAUUUAACAUUUUACAUUUUAAAAUAUUUCAUCCCUUAUUAAAAAUAACAAAACAACAUUCUAAUUAAAUAUAUUUAAAUAUGUGCUUUUAUUGUAAAUUAAAUUGUAAAAUUUUUCGAUAAAUAUUUUAUACAAUUUAUUUUAUAUAUAAAAAAAUAUAAAGACAAUAUAUAUUCUAAUUUAUAGAUGUUAUGAAUGAAUUUAUGAUUUUUAAAAUUGAAAGAUUUAGAUUCAUCGGUAAAUCGGUAUGAAUUUCUGUUGAAUAUUAUCUGAAAAAAUCAAUGGAUUUAGCGUGUGGGUGGUUGAAAUAUAAGGGAGAGAAUAUUGAAAAGCAAAAGAGGAGAAAAAUUGUGAGGAGUAAUGGCGAUGAAGAGUAACAAGAGGGUAAAAUGAGGUAAAAUAGUCGCGUUGAAUCGCACCGGAUUUAGAGUGGCCGAUGCGUCAACGUUUGCUAGUGCGGUAAAUUUACAGUGCAAAAGAGUGAGAUACAUUGAAUCAAAUAUAUAUAUAAUACUAAAAUAGAAGGGGAAAUAUAACCACGAGUGUACUAGUUAAGGGGAAGGUUUAAAAGUUCAUGGAUGAGGGGUAUAUAAAUUUUUUUUUUUUAUUUUAAGGGUUGGGGGGUGGCGCUUUUUUUUUUUUUUUUGCCAUAGUUCACGUUGAAUCCACAGCGCAAAGUUGGCGCAUGAUGAUGCAGUAACAUCCGUGUUCGAGUUCGGUUUGUCUAACCCGUGAGACUUGGACACCAAUCUUCAAGACUGCCUCCAUUUAAAAAAAAAAAAAAAUUUAAAAGAAAUAAAAAACAAUUAAUUAUAAAAUUAUUUGAUUUUAAUUAUAUUUAUAAAUACAAUAUACAAAAAUAAUAUUUUUCAAUUAAUUAAUAUUGUCCUAAAUUUUUAAAAAGCAGAAAGUUUUUUUUUUUUUUUUUUCAAUAAAAGUCUCAAUGAUAAUAAAUUAAAUCUAAUAAUAAAAUUAUUAAAUUAAAAUUUUAAAAAUCUAGUGAAUCAUGUGAAUAUAUAUUUUUGAAAAAAAAAAAAUAUAUUAAUUAAAGUUGAGUGUGUUAAAGUUGAAAAUAAUAAUGGCAGAGUGUCGAGUUAAUUUACACGUUGCUAAUUAAAAAAAAGUGCACGAAAAAUAAUAAGAAAGGCGAGAGUAGAACAAUAAGAAAA